GCCGCCGCCGCUUCAGCCGGAGCAGCCUCAGCGGUGGCGGCGGCUCUUCGGUCUAACGAUGACCGGAGGAGAGCCAGGCUUGCGGCCGGACUAGGCCUCACGAUGCGGCUGAGGCGCCGGGUGGUGGUAACCCUACUCGAGGCCUGUUCUGGCUCUGCGAGUAGGCCUCAAGUCCAAGAUGUCGGGGCGGCUGAGCGGAGCCAUGGCGGCGGCGGCGCCGGCGGCGCCUUCGAAGGAGAAGCGCUCCUUCAGCAAAAGGUUGCUGUUCCGAGGCCGGGCGGGCUCUGGAAGCGGCCCUUCCUCCUCCGUUCCUUCUCCUCCGGCGGGGCCUCGUUCCUUAGGCGGCUUCAUGAGCCGCGUCCUCAAGACCCUCUCGACGCUCUCGCACCUCGGGCCUAGCGCGGGUGGAGCAAGCAGCGGCCUUGCCUCGUCGCAGCACGGCUUGGGGCGCUGCUUCCAGCCCAGCCCGGAGCCUGAGCCAACGCCUCCCCCGCCGCCGCCGCCUCCUUCUCCGCCUCCAGAGGCCCCCCUACCGCCGCCCCCUCCUCCUGCUCCUCCCCCGCCAUCGUCGUCGUCCUCCUCGGCGUCGGCUUCUACGGCAGUCCCCGGCGUCUCGGGCCUCCGCAACCACGGCAACACUUGCUUCAUGAACGCCGUCCUGCAGUGCCUCAGCAACACGGAGCUCUUCGCUGAGUACUUGGCCCUCGAGCACUACAGGGCCACGCAGGGAGGAGGGACGGGAACGGGAACAGGAGGCUCCGAAGCAGAGGAAGCGCCUCUCCCCGAGGAAGAGCGAGCCCCCAGCAGCGGGGGCGAGGUCACGGAGCAGCUGGCCCACCUGGUCCGGGCCCUCUGGACCCUGGAGUACACCCCGCAGCACAGCCGAGAGUUCAAGAGCAUUGUUUCCAAGAAUGCCAUGCAGUACCGAGGAAGCUCUCAGCACGAUGCGCAGGAGUUCCUGCUCUGGCUCUUGGACCGAGUCCAUGAAGACCUCAACAAUAUUGUGAAGAACAAUGGCAGGCCUUCUCUCAAGCCACCGGUGGAGGAAGACAUCUUGAUUGAGGGGACGGUGUUCCCCAUCAACUGCACUUUUGUCCAGGAACUCUUUCAGGCCCAGUACAGGUCAUCUCUGACAUGUCCCCAUUGCCAGAAACAGAGCAACACCUUUGACCCCUUCCUGUGCAUCUCCCUGCCGAUCCCACUGCCUCACACGCGGCCGCUGUACGUGACGGUGGUCUACCGAGGGAAGUGCUCCCACUGCAUGCGCAUCGGGGUGGCUGUGCCUUUGUCUGGGACGGUGGCAAGGCUGAGGGAAGCUGUGUCCCGAGAAACCAAAAUCCCCACCAAACAGAUUGUGCUCACGGAGAUGUACUAUGACGGCUUCCACCGGUCCUUCUCCGACUUGGAUGAUCUUGAUACGGUGCAAGAAAGUGACUGCAUCUUCGCCUUCGAGACCCCCGAGAUUUUCCGGCCGGAGGGCAUCCUGAGCCAGAGAGGAAUCCAUGUGAACAGUAACCUGAACCACUUGAAAUUUGGCCUCGACCCUCAGAGGGCCUCUCUCUAUAGCCAGGGAAGCCCAGAGAACUCCAACACAAGGGCAAUGGUUGCUGCGGCAAGUGACAAGCUUGUGGUCUUGGUGUGUAACAGAGCGUGCACCGGACAGCAGGGGAAGAGGUUUGGACAGCCCUUUGUGCUGCAUGUCGAGAAGACAAUCCCGUGGGACCUCCUCCAGAAGGAGAUCUUGGAGAAGAUGCAGUACUUCCUGCGCCCCUCCGCCUGCCUUCAGGUGUGUCCCUUCAGCCUGCGGGUGGUCAGUGCGGUGGGCAUCACCUACCUGCUGCCUCAAGAAGAGCGGCCUCUCUGCCACUUGAUGGUGGAACGAGCUCUGAAAUCUUGUGGCCAAGGCGGGACCCCUCACGUGAAGCUGGUGGUCGAGUGGGACAAAGAGACAAAAGACUACCUGUUUGUGAGCACGGAGGAGGAGUACAUCCCAGAUGCGGAGAGUGUGCGCCAGCAGAGGGAGCUCCAUCACCAGCCACAGACCUGCACUUUGUCCCAGUGCUUCCAGCUCUACACCAAAGAGGAACAGCUGGCUCCAGAUGACGCCUGGCGCUGCCCGCACUGCAAGCAGCUUCAGCAGGGAAGCAUCACACUGAGCCUGUGGACCUUGCCGGAUGUCCUCAUCAUCCACCUGAAGCGCUUCCGGCAGGAAGGCGAGAGGAGGAUGAAGCUGCAGAACAUGGUGCGCUUCCCACUGUCGGGCCUGGACAUGACACCGCACGUGGUCAAGCGGAGCCAGAGCUCCUGGAGCCUGCCCUCCCACUGGUCCCCCUGGCGGCGGCCUUAUGGCCUGGGCAGGGACCCUGAGGAUUUUGUCUACGACCUCUAUGCCGUCUGCAACCACCACGGCACCAUGCAAGGCGGGCACUACACAGCAUACUGCAAGAACUCCAUUGAUGGUCUCUGGUACUGCUUUGAUGAUAGCGAGGUUCAGCAGCUGGCGGAGAACGAGGUCUGCAAGCAGACGGCCUACAUCCUCUUCUACCAGAGGCGCACUGCUAUCCCCUCCUGGUCAGCCAACAGCUCCGUGGCAGGAUCCACAAGCUCCUCCUUGUGUGAGCACUGGGUCAGCCGGCUCCCCGGGAGCAAGCAGCCCAGCAUCGCCUCGGCCGCCUCCUCCCGACGCACCUCCCUGGCCUCCCUCUCGGAGUCUGUGGAGCUGAUGGGGGAGAGGAGCGAAGACGACGGUGGCUUCUCCACUCGGCCCUUUGUGAGGAGCGUCCAGCGCCAGAGCUGCUCCUCCCGCUCCUCGGUGACCAGCCCGUUGGCCGUGAGCGAGAACGGCAUCCGCCCCUCCUGGUCACUCUCGGCCAAGCUGCAGAUGCGCUCCCACUCGCCCUCGCGCUUCCCAGGAGACUCUCCAGUCCAUGGCUCGGCCUCCACUUUGGAGCGCAUCGGGGAGUCUGUGGGCCAUAAGGUCUCCACCUCCUGCUUUGGCAGCCUGAGGAGCCUCUCUGGGAGCCACCUGGAGCCCAGCAGCAACAGCGGAGGUGGCCACCGGGAGCACCGAACUCUUGGCCGCGCUCCCCUGGCAGUCAUGGAGGGCGUCUUCCGGGACGAGCCUCCGGUGCGCAAAGCGAGUGCAGACUACCACAGCAAGGCCGAGAGGAACGGCCCUGCCCUGGACCCCUUCGACAACAACAAUCAGAUCGCCUUUGUUGACCAGAGCGAUUCUGUUGAAAGUUCUCCAGUCAAGGAGGGGAGGAGCUUCCCUUCUGCAAAGCCAGAGGAUGCCCCAUCAAAAACCGCUCCCUCCAAACAUGCCUCGGAACCAGAAAAGAGCAACAGGAAAGGGAGGGCAACCUCAUCCAGCCAGGACUCCCAGAAGCCGCGCCAGUCAGCCGGCUCAUCCCCUCCUCCCUCUAAAGGUUUGCGCUCCCGGAACAGGCCAGAAUCCUCCAGGACAAGCGGGCGGCAUGGCUCCUCCACCUCAGGGCAGGGCCGGAAGGAGUCCAAGGCCCACGACAUAAAUACUGGACCCUCUUCGCAGCAGCAAAGGCAGAAGUCUUUCUCUUCCUCCUCCGCCGCAAGAAGAAAUUCGGGUUCCUCAACGCGGGGCCAUGCUCCCUCCGCCAAGGGCAGGACUUCUGAUCGCAGCCUCAGCCGAGAGGGCUCCAAGCUCAGCCUGGCCUCCGACAAGGCCAGUGCCACCACCGGCUCCCGGACCAGCUCCCCACGGAUUGGCCAGUCGCGUGGCGGCAGCAGCAGCAGCGAGGGCCGGACGACGGACGGGAGGCAGGUGCGCAGCUCCUCUAUGGCCAGCCUCCGCUCACCCACUACCGGGCCACGCUCCAGCCUCAAGAGGGACAGCAAGUCAGAGGAGAAGGGCCUCUCCUUCUUCAAAUCAGCCCUGCGCCAGAAGGAGACCCGCCGCUCAGCUGACCUGGGCAAAACCACCCUGCUCUCCAAGAAGGCGGCGGCAGCGGGAAAGAACCUCCCCGAGGAGAAGGCGGAGAGGAGGGGGGCCCAUCCACCGCUGGCGUCAGAUCGCCCCAAUGCCAGCACCGCCGGGUCUAAGGAGGCUUCGCCCGCCAAACAUGCGCUGCACCUGAACCACCACCGGAAAUCCAAGUCUUCCCCGUUGGAGGCCACUUCCGCGUCGGCCAGCCCCCGCAAGCCCCCCGCCAGCACCCCUGCCUCUGCACGGCCCCCCGCCAAGGCUCAGUGAGCCUCCAACCUCUCAACGCUGAUGCCAAUGCCAAUGCUAAUGCCGCUGCCGGGCUGGUUCCACACCUCCCCUCCCCUCGGGCUUUGCAUCCUCUGUGUUGUCCUUGGCUCACGUGCCUCACCUAUCGGGAGAUGUCUUUACUACUACUGUCCAAGCGCCUUCUGACUCCGCCAUCAUACCAAAUACCUACAGGGCAACCUCCCCUGCAGCUGGCUCUUGUUGUUGUGGGAGGGAAGGAGGGAGGAGGUAGGGAGGGGGGGUUGCCACCAAAGGACACAGCACCCCCUCCCCUUUGCCCCUGCUGCUUCUGCGCUAGCCCUGUGUCACCCUGUACAGAAGCAGCCCUUUGAGGGAACCAAGCCCCUUUUGCUUUGAGUGUCACCCUGGGCCUCCGCUGCUGCUACUGCUGCGUGGCCUUUGUCUCUGGUGGCCCCCCCUUUGCCCCAUGCCCCCAACCCCCCAAUCUCCCCGCUUCUUAAGGGCAAUAUCUCAACGCUAAUGUUGUUUCUCAGGUAAACGCUCAGCCAGAAAUGGAGGGAAUGGAAGACGCUGGGAAAAAGGUGCAUUCUCUCUCAUAGAGGGGUGUCGUCUGUCUUUUGGGAUUUUCUUCUUUUUCAUUCCAGCAGGAUUUGUGGUUUUUUUUUCUUUUCUUUUUCUAUUAGUUUUUUUGCCUCCUUUUCUGUUCUGUACUUUAGUGUUGCACUGAGGAAAGGAGGGAGGGAAGGUGGGCGGGGGGCAGCCAAUAAAUUGGGGAUCAGGAGGUGGGGAGGAGGUCAUUUAGGCCAAAAUGAGUCUGUCUUGUGUGUCUCUUCCAUCCUGAAUCUUUAACACAAACACAGAGAACUGCCCAUCUUUCCUGUCCUCCUUUGUGAGCCUUUCUGGCCAAGAUGGACUCUGUUCCUCUUUGGGGUGGGAGGGAGCUUUUCUAUUUUUGUUGUGGGUCCUAGCAGGAACUAGGCUUCUCAGAGUCUCUUUUCCUCAUUCUCUCUUGCUCAUCCUCAUCCACUUCUGCCUUUAUUUUGUGUGACUUCAGCAGCAAUGGUUCAUCCUGCGGCCUGCUUUUUAAGGUUAGCACCAUCCCUGGACUCACUGGGAGGUGCAUGACCUGUCUGGACACUGGGCCAAGGUUUGCUGUCUGGACAAGGUCUGUCUGGACACUUCCGGCCAAGGUUUGCUCCCUCUUCCUUCCUCCCUCCCUCC